UCUUCGGAGUACCAUCAAUCAAUUCUCACUCCUGCUUCAACAACCUGCUCAUAUAAAGCUCAAAUCAAAGCCAAGACUCAACUGCUUGUUCUCAACGAAUAUCUAUUCAAAACAGAAACUUCGCGAUAGGAAAUUUUGACCCAUUUAAUUACAUCACAAUGCAUAUCUCAGUCAAAUCCAUACUUGGCCUCGUCACCUUUGGCUUGCUCUCAGUAGCAAAUGCAUCGGUACAGGAUUCUGAGCUCAUGGUCCCUCGCACAUUCGCCAACGCCGACGGCACUACUUCAACAAUACGCAUGAACCGCAACAUUAAGUUCACCCAGGGAUCAGAAGGCACACGGCCAGUCCGCCUAUCAAAAAGAUUCCCCUUCUCUUCCGGUAGAGACGAGUGGUGCGGAGAGAUGGCCGAGGACCCAGCGACAGACUUCUCAGCUUCCGCGCCUCUGGCAGCAGACUGUCAGGCACUCCCCAGCUCUCUCAGCAGUCAGAAUGGAUUUUGGACUUUACAGCCUGGAGACUUCGCUUCCGACGGGUGGGCUACUGUAGUGAGCUCCGGCACUUGCAGCUUUGCCGUCAGAUAUGCCGACUCUAGCAGCGCGGCUAGCCCUAUGAACGUUGGUACGAACGAUAUCCGCUUCUACACGACGAGAUAUGGCGUCAUGGCACAGAAUGGGAAGCUUGGACUGCAAGGGACUGUGCAGUGUUACAACAAUCAGAAGAUGCUGUUUGUUACCUGGGGUUUAAUUCACAGCUGAGUUGAAGGAGCAAGCAAGGUGCC